AUGGCUCCGGACGAUCACAACCAGAAUGAUCGUGACGACAAGUCAGACAAGGCUAGCAGUGGCAAACCUAAGAAGUCUAGAGGUUCCAAGGGCUCUAAGACUCAGAACAAUCCUAACCAGGAUAGCCCGCACAACAAGCCUAUCACGUGGACUGAUGAUGCUGAUCGCGCUCUUCUACUCUCGAUGGUGUUGAACAGUUGUGGUAAUGGCCAGAGACGUAAAUCUGGCUUGUCUAAAGUUUCUUGGCCAAGUGUAGCCGACACCAUGAGAGCAAUUGGUUACAGUAUUAGUAAGGAUUCGGUCAACCAACGCUUCCUGAAGCACAUCAUCAAAGACGCACAGAAGACCUGGCCGGGAUUGAAGGCUCACCAUAACCUCCCAGGUAAUGACCAGGCGGAUAACGGCGAUGAUAUUCAGGAGGCGGGUGGUCCUCCUCGUCAGCCCAUUGUGCAACCUCGUCGCCCACCGCAUGGAGCCCCUUCGCACACGGGUGCACCAAACCCUAGUAACAUGGCUCCUCACAGCUAUGUUGGCGUGCCGACGUACAACCCUAGCAACCCGAUGAAUGCAUCGUUUCAUGGAGUUGGCACUGCCGGUGGCUAUACCGCCAACAACGAGCAGGCCCCGAGCUUUUAUGGCACUCAUGGCAUGCACCCUAGCAUGUAUCCCGGCAUGCAGCCUUACAUGCAGCCUGGUAAUGGUCAAGGAAUGCAAUUUGGUAACGGUCAGGCAAUGGGUUCUUAUCCCGGCAUGCAGCCUAGCGAUGGCAACAUGUCACACCCGGAGAAUGCCUCUAUGCCGCUUCUUGAUCGCUCGGGAACCCCUGUCCCCAUGCAUGGAUCUCGAGCUCUCUCAAUUCGCUCCCACAGCAGUCAAUCGAUGCGUCGAAGCAGCACUCCGGCCGUGCAAUCUCGCAGUCGUCCGCAUCACCAGCACGCUACGGGCGACGAUCCCGACAAUUCUGUCGGCAGCAUUUACCCACCACCUCCGGACCCCAAUGCACCCAUGCCUGAUCCAUAUAAUCAGGGAAGGUCGUCGGGCGGUGGCACGGCAACGCCCCACAACGCUGGAAUGCAGUUCGGUGGUUCUUACACUCAGGAGUACCCGGCGCCUACUCCUGUUCAGCAGCAGCAGCAUAGCAGCAUCUUUGGUGGAGGCUUUGCGACUCACUACGAUGGCACACCCAUCGCACCAAACCUGUACAUGGAGCCUACAGGGCCGCAAUUUGGCAGUUAUCAGCAACAGGGAUUCGGCAGCGGCGUCCCGGCUCCAGAGGCGGCAUAUACCGCCGCGCAGCCUGCUCAGAACAGACCCAUGUUCGGUAUGGCCAGCAUGUCAGCCAUGAACUCUCGCGGCAACAACGCCCCUAUUGCGGACAUGGGCGUUCCGUCUACACCCGGCAACGGUGACCAGUCUCCCGAAGAAGUUCGUGCGAACAUCCUUCGCACAUACUCACCUAGAACUGCCAACAACAUAAUCAGAGACAUGGAGAGCAAGGUCCAGCACCGGGCCGGUCAAACGAAGCGCAAGGGCGACGAUCUGGACCCGCGCGCGGACGACCCUAAGAAGCCGAAGAGAGACGGUGAUGGCGGAGCUACCGCUUAA